AUGUUGGAAAAUCUGGUCGCUUGGGUUCUUAACAAUUAUGUAGGAGAAUAUUUAGAGAACUUAAAUACCGACCAGUUAAGUAUAGCUUUGCUGCAAGGGCAAGUUGAACUAGAAAACGUCCCUCUAAAGAAGUCUGCUUUGCGUAAGUUCGAUGUUCCACUAAAGGUAAAAUCUGGCUUGCUUGGGAAACUUACCCUAUCGGUACCAUUAACGAGACUACGAAGUGAGCCAUGGGUUAUCAAAAUGAGCGAUUUACUGGUACUUCUGGAGCCAUCUAUAUCAGUUCGCUAUGAUGUUGAGAAUAUAGAAAUCUAUGAACAAGCUAAAAAGGAGCAGCAAUUAGAGGAUCUGGAAAAAUACCAUAAGAGACAGUUGCUAAGUUAUUGGGGUUUACCUAAUCGUGACAGUGCAUCGGAACAGAAUUGGUGGGGGGCGUCAUUGGUAUCAGCUAUCGUUAAUAAUAUUCAGUUAGUUCUAACUAAUGUUCAUAUACGAUAUGAAGAUGAUAUGACGUUACCGAACAAUGCACCAUUUGCGUGUGGUGUGCGUAUGCGCAAUGUCAGCAUGCAAACUACAGAUUCACAUUGGGGGACUGGAUACAUGCAGCCUCAAGAUGGUGUAAAUAUGUUUAAAAAACUAGAGAUAGAAGGUCUGUCUGUAUACUGGAAUUGUGGACAGCAAAUUACUGAAAAAAUUAAAAACCAUAUGGAUCUGCAGUUUAAUUUGUGUCCUGAGGAGAUUGUAAUCGAACUGACGAAACGACAACUCUUGGAAAUGAGUUCAUUAGGAAAAGAAUGGGCUCGAUUUGACAGAUCACGACAACAUCGAAAAUGGCGGCCAUUAACUACUGUUGGUGAAAAUGCAAAAGAAUGGUGGAAUUUUGCAUACAAUCGUAUACAGGAUCAAGAAAGGCAACGAAAAACAAGACGCACUUGGAGUUUUGCAUAUAAUCGUGCGAAGCAACUGAACUCAUACUGUCGAGCUUAUCGGCGGAGGUUAUUAUCAUAUUUGGAGACAGCUGCAAUCUCCGCCACCGGUCAAUCAGAUAUUAAUGAGAGAUAUGAAACAUCACCUUAUGGGAAUGUUUCUGGCCAAAAUUAUGAUAUGGAAUCUACAGAAGAAGUGGGGACAGCUAUAAGUUCAUCAAAUUUAUCGACCACUGGUUCUUUACAAAAAACUGCAAACUCCGAGGAUUUAAUUUUGAUGAAACAGAUCGAAAGAGAUUCCAACUACACCUAUCAUGAACUGCAAUUAUUUCGAGAAACAGUUUAUCGGCGCAUACUUGCUGAAAAGGAAGCACGGUGUUUAUGUAGCGAAAAUAGAUUGCAGUCGGAUGAUGAAAGCUUUGAAAACAUCGAUUUCCCUGUACUUCGUCACGACUCAGACACUGAUAGAACAGUCAGUAGUAAUCAGUCGCAUUCCGAGGAAGCAGCAAAAAAUUCUGGUGGUGGAUUGUACAGUUGGUUGAGUAGUUGGGUAUAUGGUCCACGAAAAGAAGAAGCAAAAUCAGAAAAAAACGAUCGCCAUGAGUCUGUGUUCAAUGUAUUUUCUACCAGUGAAAAAGAAGGAUCUUUAUCCACCGAUUUCAAACUGCUCGAAAAACAGGUCGAGGAUGAAAUCUUGGAUGUGCUGAACGAAAGCAGGGAUGAUUCAACUAUAUUACAUCGUGAUACUCUACUAGCGGAAAUAAAAUUAAAACUUGAAAGGAUGACAAUACGUUUUAUAGAUGACUUUGAGAAUCGAAAAGAUGGAAGUACGCGAGUGCUGGCGAUGGAUCUGUGGCAGUUAGCAAGCUGUGUCCAUCUUAGUCCACGUCGUCACAGUACAGCUAUGUCACUUACUGUUGCGGAUUUGAGUCUACAAAGGUUGUGCACUUUCCCUGCGGAAGAUAUGUCGGUCGAAAAUACGCAAAAUGAGGAAACCAAUAAACAAGAAAGUGAAUCACUGAUAUUCGGAUUUGCCAAAGAAACGACUCAAAUUUUAUUUGCCAUUGGGAAGGCCGGAAAGACAAGGAGUCCAAAUACUUCAGAUAAUGCCAAAAACAGUAAUUUGAACAAUGCACUGUUUCGAUUAGCAUAUCAUCGUCGUGCUCCAAAGAUGGUGGUGACACAUACACUUGAUAUAAAAUGCAGUGAAUUAUCAGUACUGUAUAAUGAAGAUGCUUUUGAUGAUUUGGCUACCUUUUUCAGCGACAAAAGCACAGUGAAACAGGAUAAAAAUUUGGACCCGGUACUGAUGGACAUUAUCACUGUUAUUGACUUCGCCAUCCACUGUCCUCAGCUAAAAGUGGAGUUGCGUAGCAAACGAGGGAAUUUACUGGAUCGAAAAAAGAAAUCAGCGACGUCGACACCAUUUGCUUUGGCAGAUGUGAGGUAUCUAGUUGUUGGAAUAUCGAACAGAGAACAAUUCGUUACAACGGUUGAAAUUGAGUUUGAUUCGUUGGAAGUUGAAGAUUUGUUCGAACCAUCAGUCGAUUUAUUAUUGUGCAUACGAAAUCAGACUUCCUCUUUUAAGAAACAAAUGUCUGCCUCAUGUCCAAGUUUGAAUGUUAACGACUUACGACUCAGAUCUUCCUCAUCUCAGCGACGUACACGCGCUCUCAGCAUAAGUUCGCGUCCUAGCACAAUGGAUACCAGUAGAAAUGAAAAAUUAAGAAGCCCACAAGAGAGUGCUACUCUCAGUAGUACUGGAUUGAGGGAUGUUAACGUUAUUGGUGCAUCUCAUUUCACGCUUCUUUUAAUUGAUAAGGAACACCCAUCUUUCGAAUCCAAGUAUAAAAAAGUAAGCUGCAUAAUCAACAUGGAUGUACCGAAAUUAGAAAUAUGUAUGAAUCGACGAAGUUAUACGCUUUUGCUCGAUUUUUUUGGCUUGUUGGAACCAAAAAUGGAACUUUCAGAGGACUAUACCGAAAUUUUAGCCCGUCCAUCUGCAGCUAAUACAAAUAUAGCUUUACAAGAUUUAGAGCCAUAUAAUAUGAAAGUGAAUGUCAAUGUCGGGUUAAUACAAAUAAUAAUGAAUUACCCGGCAAGUAAAUACCAUUUGGGUAUAAUCGAAGGAGAGGAAGUAUUUAUUACUGCACAGGCAAGGAUCAACGACGAUGAAGUACCACUGGGGAUUUCAUUAUCGCUGAGAAAUUGUACACUAUCGGAUAGUACUCCCUUUUAUUCAGAAUUGUACAGCGAACGUAUUAGUCUUCGACCAUUGUCAAGCAAGAACGAAGGGAUGGAACAAAUGUUUCUAGGUGACGAGAAUCAAAAACAUAUGUUAUCUUCUCGUGCAACUCUCCACAUUACUAAAUGUCUGUGCGCAAAAUCUGCUGCUCUCAGAGGAUAUGACGCGAAUAUUGUACUACGAAUACCAUCAACGAUGAGUAUCGCAUAUGUUCAUACACAUCGUUAUUUUAAUGCAUUGUUGGAUUUUUGGCAGCAUUUUAUAGAGCUACAGAAUAUUGUCCUACGAAAUAACGUUUCAUCUACAAAUAUUCGUGUGAACAAUGAUGUGCGAAGCAGGAUACAGCUAAUUUGUGAAAUUGAAUGUCCGUGUAUCAUUGUCCUUCCCCUCAAUCAGUUGUCUAAUCAAGUACUUCUCUGUGAAACUGCUAACAUUCGUAUUAGUAAUCGAUUCCAGUUGUCAUCUUUAAUCCCUAAAUUCCAGGAUUUCGAAAUUGCCAAUAUUUUUGAUGAUGACGAUCAUGAUUGUUGCAUCGAUUGGAUGUCAGUUGUUUGCACUGAAACAUCACUUUGUGAGGGGGUGAGGAUACCAAACACCAGAGCUGUAGCCCACGAUGUACCAGGUUAUGAAAGAGUAUGCUGCGAUAUGUUCCAACAUUGUUAUUUCUUGAGUUUUCGAAAAAACGUAUUUUCAAAACCUUGUGAUUUGUUAAUAGACAUUUUUCGAAACCUGGAUAUCUUUGUUUCACACAAAGUACCAGAUGUAGUAAUUACUACAUCACUCGCCAAUCUAAAUGUGAAAUUAACCGCUGAUUUUUAUCGGUUACUGCGCGGUUUCCUAUCAAUGAACCUCGGUGAUCCUUUGGAGGUUGUUGGAGUGAGCAGUAAAUAUGCAUCGCUUUCAUUUCGAAUGACGCUUACGAAUGUUGAGUUCAACUGUUUUGUGCAGUGCGAAAAUUCACAAAGAUUUGUACCAUUAGCUAGAGUGAAAUUGAUUUCCUCGCGCAUAUCAUUUGAUGUCUAUAUCGACAAUCAAUCAGAACUGGAUUUAAUUUGCGAAAGUGCUGAACUGAUCGAUACACGAUUUUUUGAUGUGGAAUUCAAUAAGAGACCAAAUGUUUUUUACUCAAUUCUCUUUCCUUUAACCAAAAGGGAUUCGAAUAGAAGUAAACUGAUGUCCGAAGCUCAUAUUGUUUUCAAAUGCGAUGAACCACCUGUAAUUACAUUGGUUCUGUUAAAUGCACGAGUACUUUUGCUACUGGAUUGGCUCAACGAUGUGAAAAAUUUUGUCCUUCUUUAUUCCGAUUUCAUACCGCCAGUGGAAAAUGUAUAUCGAAGCAUUGUGCACACAAAAAAGUCAGGAAUUAUGGAACGAGAUUCACAAAUCCGUGAUUUGGAACAAACCUUUUCUCUUAAAGUCACACUGAAAGAAUGUGAUUUGAUACUUCUUGAAAAGCCAGAAUCUCAACACAGUUUGGCUCUUGCUGCUCAUACUACUGCUGUCCUGAAUAUGAACGAUGCACGCGAAUUAUUGAAUGUUAACUUGGAGAUACAGUGGAUGAACUUGGACUGGUUCAUGAUGGCAUCUGAAAGUGAAAGCAGAUGUCAGUUAACCAACGAUUUUUCGAUGACAAUCAGUCUUUCAGUGGAAGGCGAUACAGAUUUCGAAGGACAACCUCCAAGGCUUGGGCUUUCUUCAAUUAUUCCCACUAAACAUCAAAUUACUGCUGAAAUUAGUGAUAUGGUGGCUAGAGUAUCAUAUCGAGAUCUUCAUGUGAUGCGAAAUGUUCUCGUUUCAUCACUAACGAGAUUGAACAAGUCGCUUGAGAAAAGUGUUGCUCCAAUAUGUGAUUCUCAUUUGGCUAGAAAAGAAGACACAUUAGUUAAUGUUGUUCGCACAAUUGUAAAAGGUGGUCAAAUUUCCUUCUGGCUAAUGGAUGACCAUCAAGGGACAGUUUUUCCGCUUAUUCGAUGCAAAUUCAGAAAAUUUUAUUUGAAUCGAUAUCUGGAGAAGAUUAGUGGUUCGUUCACGUUUGCCGCAGAUUAUUUCAAUCAAAAUGUUUUUGGUUGGGAACCAUUAAUUGAAGACUGGGAAUUGAAACAACUAACAGUGUUUACCAGGAACAGCACUAUAUUUAUGGACGUUUUUGCUGGUGAGGUCAGUACCUUUAACGUCAAUAUCACUCAAGCGUUUUUGCGACAAGCAAUGCGUUUCAGUUUGCAACUGUCCGAAAUCAAGCAUGCUGUGGAUGAAGAUUUUCGUGGAUCACGUGUGCGAUCAAGGUCAGAUCAUCUUCCUUAUAUUUUACACAAUGAAACCGGUUCUAACUUACGUUUCACAACAGCUACUGACGAGGUUUUAGAAGCCAGAUCCAUGCAAAGGAAGUCCACAGCCAAAUGGUAUCAAACAGCACCAGAUGCUUCAACUACUUUCGAAUUUCCUACAAAGCGGCUCACCAUUGCAGAAAAUUCAGAAGAAAUCCAUCAGCUCAUAAUCCGUGUGGAUGGCUGGGAUGAAAUAUCUCCGGUAAAUGUGGAUGCAGUGGGUACAUAUUUCCGUCUUGCCAGAUGUUCAAAUUCCAGAGCUACAGACAGUAAUUUCGGGAUUAAUGUCCGUUUGGUCAUUGUUGUUACAAUGGAUAAGAAUGGUCGAAAAGUGGUGACUAUACGGUCGGCAUUAACAGUUAUUAACCAUCUUCUUGACCCCAUUUUGCUGAUUCUUACUUGUGGGAGUUCGAAAGUUCCAGAAACAUCAAUUAUUCGAGUUGAUCCGAUGAAAACAUUGCAUGUGCCACUUAAAUUUGCGAGCGCUUCGAUGGCUGUCAAACCAGAUAGUUGGAAUUGUUCGAAGACUCAUGAAGUCAGAUGGCAAGAAGCAAAAGUUGCAGGCGAAAGAAUCAAUAAAUUGUUGAAAUUUGAUAUAUUUGAUGCAUGCUAUUGGAUGCGCUUAUCGAUUAAACGAGAGCAUUAUCCGGAAUACGAAAUGCUUUCUGGACAUACAAUAAGUUUCUCACCUCCUCUCUCUGUCCUCAAUUUAUUGCCAGUUGAUGCAGAAUUUCAGAUUAUUGGUAGAAAAUAUGCUGUGUCCGCCAGCAAACAAAUAAAAAUUACUUCUGUUAAUACUGCUGAAAAUAUCAGUUUUGAGGUUGCCACGGAUCGAUUCGUCUCGAUACGCGAAAUUACAGUCACAAAAUCUUCACUAAUGCAAAAAGCCGGUGAUGUAGAUCGCUUGCAUUUGCGCAUGAAAGAUUCUAAAAAGCGAUAUCUGGACAUGUACUGUAGUUUAAGUAUUAGUAACAGUGGGACUGUUUUGCUGGCUUUGUGGGUACCAUACUGGAUCGUUAAUAAAUCCGGUAUUCCACUAAUUGUCAAACAGGAAGCAACAAAUGGCAUAGCUGCUGGACAAAUGGAAGAACAUGAAAGUGCAAAGGAUCGAAAUCCAUUAAUGUUUUCAUUUGCUAAUGACAGCUGCCCAAAACAAUGUACUGUGAGAAUCGGCUAUAAUCAUACCAGUGAUCAGAGAUACAAACCAUUGUUUGGACCCAAGUUUCCACUUACAGUUGGGCUACAUUCCAUGAAAUUACGGCUAGUUCACGACCAGCAUCCGACACAGAUAUACAAUAUCGGUGUGGAAGUGCGGCAAGGAACUGGUAGAUAUAAAGAUACUCAAGUUGUUAUGCUCACUCCACGUUAUGUGCUCAGUAAUCAGACCUCUUUAGGACUUUCAUUAAGCCACAUCGAUCACAUUGAUCAACCUAAUCAGCAUGUAAAAGUGGCUAGCAAAUGCAACCUAAUUUGGAAUGAAAAUUUUGAGGAUAAUCGAAUGAUAUGUGUAAAACGUGAUGAUGUCAAGUACUGGAGUUGUCCAUUUAGAAUCGAUCUUAUCAACUCCUUUCAUGUUACUAUGAGAGACACAGAUGAAACACCUCAGUUUCUAAGAGUUGAGGUGAUACUCAACAGUGCUAUAUUUUACGUUACUUUCACGGACGUCCGUUACUACCCACCACCAAUUCAACUGGAAAAUCUAUCCGACGUUCCUGUAUUAUAUCAGCAAAAAAUUGAAAGGCCUCGCUCUCAUUUGCGUACGAUUUGUAAAGCACGAAGUACAGUAGAUUAUGCUUGGGACGACCAUUAUGCCCCAAAAUUACUGAUACUUCAAGUGUUCGAAAACAAAUCCAAUUUUUAUGAUCCACAAAAGCCAGGAAUGGGACCGCCUUUGGUGUAUACUAACGAUGUUUUCAUCAAAUUUGCGCAUUCUUUUGAUAGGAAAUCGGAGGACGGCUUCACAGAUGAACUUGAACUGGUAUUAGAGGUACUGCAUAAAGGGAAAGUAAUACUCAAUAAACUGAACCCCAGCGACGGUAGCUGUAACCAGUUAUGGCGUUUUACGCAAGAUGGUUGUGUUGAAAAUAUUGGAAUGAAUAAUCGCGCAAAAACGGGUGAACGUUAUGUGCUCGAUGUUCUGGAUAAUGGUGGAUUUGUGUUAAUGAUGCUAAAGCGAAACUCGGCAAGAGAUCGUUUCCAAAAAUGGCAAUUUACACCGGAGAAGCAGUUACGUUGUAAAGUGGAAGGAAUGUUUGUUGAAGCACGCAAAACAGAAGUGGUACUUGCUGUUCCGAACAAGAAAUCUGCACUAAAUAAGAAAGGAGUUCCGCUUGAGCAAAUAUGGGAACUGCAGACGCAACUCCCUGGAAGUGGCAUUUUAGACAUUGAAUGCUUUCACAGAGGACCUACUUUGGUAGUUCGCAUAACGGAUCGGCAGAAACCAUAUCACGCACAUGCAAUACAUCGUUCUGGUCAAUUAUUUCGUCUGCAACCACUCUCCAGUACCUGUGAAACAAACUUUAACAGUGUGUGGAAUUUCGAAGUAAAUGUUUCGAUGCGAAAUGGUAUUGGACUGUCUUUCAUCAAUGGAUUACAUGAAGAACUGAUUUAUGCUCGAUUUCAAGGAAUAGUGUUGCAUGUGAAUCGUCAAGGUCCAACAUAUCAGAUGACCGGCAGUGUUGAAGUGAUUCAGGCUGAUAAUCAGUUGCUGACGACGGAUCGAUGGCAAGUUUUGUUUUGUCAACAAGACACGACAAGUAUCGAAUCAAAUCUCGAAUCUCAUGUUUCAUUUCCUGCUUUGAAAUUAGAAAUGAAUUGCAUGCCGUUGGAACAUUACGAUGCAUUUGACUGUUUUCGGUUGAAAAUGUGUGAUUUAUCGAUACAGCUCGAUGAAACACUAUUAUGGAAAAUUGUCCAGUUUGUGCAAGAAGCGGAAGCUGCUGAAAGUAUGAAGCCUAAUGCGUUAUUGCAGCCACCAAACACAGAGCUUGAUAAACUAGAUCGUCUGCAAGCGCGUAAAUGUUAUUUUGGAACAUUUGAUUUGGAAAUUGGUGCUGUGGGACUUUCAGUUGUAACAGUUGGGACGAAUGGCCUGCCACCUGAUUUGCGGAAACUGAAAAGGCAGUUCAAUGUGAAACUGGUCAGUUUUGAAAAUGCAAUAAUUUCUCUUCCACCAUUUCGACAAUUUCGAUAUUUUGAAACGUUUUCAUUUCUGGUUGAAACACUCAGCAAAUUUUAUCUCGGAGAGUUGAAGAAUCAGACCUUCAACAUCAUAGUGACGAUGGAUGCUUUCGGUAAUCCAUUGGGUCUGGCUUCUGAUUUGAAGGAAAGUUUCGAAGGACUGUUGUUCGAGGGCAAUUUGGGUGGUUUUGUUAGCGGCUUAGGAUAUUGUUUUACCAACAGCUUGUCGAAGGUAGCAUCAUCAAUGGCUACUGGCGUCGGUUCGCUAACGUUCGAUGAACGACAUGAAAUGAUGAGGCGACGAAUGUUACGUUGUCAGCCGCAGGCGGACAGUAAUACUGCUCUUGCUCAUUUUUAUUGCGGUGUGAAGGGUUUAGGCGUUGGUGUUUUGGGUGGCUUAACUGCUAUUUUGACUAACACAUAUAACGAAAGUCGUAAAGGCGGACUUACUGGUGCUGUACGUGGAAUUACAACUGGUGCUGUGGACACGGUAACGAAACCUGUGCAAGGAAUUUUCGAUUUGGUCGAAGGAACAGCUUCAGCGGUUAAAGAAAUAGUUGGCGGUCCAUCAACGAAGAAAUCACGUUUUCCGCUUCAUCGUGUCCGAUUACCGCGAGUUACGAGGAAUUUACAAUCGCUUUUGCCGUGCUAUUCCGAAGGACUUGCCUAUGCACAGUUAGAGCUUUUGAGGAUUAAUGGUUUCGCCACAAAUGAAAUGUUAUUGGAUGUGGAAAUGUUAUUGGAUCAAGCAACAACCAAAAAUCGAGUAAGACAGUAUGCGUUGGUCUGUUCCGAACAGUGUUAUAUUGUUCGACAAAUUGAUUUAGAACCCAGUAGUGUGGUACAAAGGAUACCUUAUAAACAACUUAAAUUUAUUCAGGUAGUUCCUGUCAGUGAAAAGAAUAGCUUCGUUGGAACCAUAGAAGUAGUGCUAGAAGUUUCAUCUGGUCGAAGACAACGUUUACCACAUAUAUGGUGUGAUCGUUUUGAAGUAGCGAAAAGACUUUCUGAAAAGGUUGGUCGAGCUAAGCAGUUGUACGAUCAUGGAAAAAGAACAUUAAAUACUGUGGAUGACAUUGAUAUUCUUUGAUAAUAUAUCUCCUGAAUGCUUUCUCAAUUCUAGGUUUUGCUUUUCACUUCUAAAGUUGAAGGUUAGACUGUUUAAUAUUUCGUACUAUGUUUUUUUUUUCUCUCUUUCAUUUUCUCGCUGCUGAUCUAAUAGCUCGUUAAUGAAAUGUUUAUUUCCCG